AUGCCCUUGUCGACGAAAGCUACCGACAACCCUAUCGUACUUCCUCCUCUUGCUGGACCUCUCGAUCUCCCGGUCUGCACGCAAACCCCCAUCCUGAUCGCUGAAGGUCUGCCGUCCAUGCAGCCUUAUCAUCAUCAUCCCUCUGCUGCGCAAUCGAAAACAAGAUUCCAUGGGGACGACCAUUGGCCUACGUCCCCUCCGCGUCCACCUCGAGAGUUCUUAUCAUCGGCCCCUCAACAAACUCCCUACGUUGACUACCACCAGACCUUCUAUGCCGUGGAAAGUGGUCGAUCCGUCGAGCCCCACGCGCAGCACGUAUGGGCAGCAUUGAGCGCUCAAGAAAGGGAGUUCUUCGCGCAGAGAGCAGAAGGCGCCACCAUAGGAGGCGAUCGGGCCCCGCGGAAUGUUAAACAGCGGGAGCAUGUUACCAUGCGGGAGCUGUACCGGCAACCAACCGACGCAGGAGCCUAUUACUCCUACCAACCCUCACCCUCGCCCCCACCACCAACAAGGCGGGAUCACAUAGAGACGGAUCUGUUGCACGUACCCUAUCGAGGAGACGAAAUGCGCCGCAGCCCAUCGCCACGCUCGAUGAUGGCCGGCGCGGGGCUUCCUUCAGAUCAUGGGCUGGUCCAGAGUCUGAACGUGGAGAGAGCGAAGUUAACAUGGCCCGCUGAAUUGGAGAGCGCUGCUGGACCGAGGCCGUUCUAUGCGUCGGCCCCAGUGCGUGGCAGGAGGCGCGGCUCAAGCUCUGCGACGGCGGUGUCGGACUACUCGUCGACGUCCUCGGCGCCUACGCUCUGUGACGAUGAAGCCGAGGGAGAGGAUUUGGACAAGGCGGGCGUGCCGUACGUCGACCUCGAGGCGACGGAGGCGUGGUACCAGGACUUUAUGGGGGAGCUGGGCUCGAGGUACUCAUGA